CCUCCAGAAGCACAGAGAAGCUGAGACCAACUCAGAAGCUGCCGUCUCCCACUGACGCUCGGCCCUCACCCUCCAGCAUGAAGGUCUCUGCAAUGCUUCUGUGCCUGCUGCUCAUAGCGGUCGCCUUCAGCUCCCAUGUGCUUGCCCAGCCAGAUGCCGUGAAUUCCCCAGUCACCUGCUGCUAUACAUUCACCAACAAGAAAAUCUCAGUGAAGAGGCUAAUGAGCUAUAGAAGAGUCAACAGCACCAAGUGUCCCAAAGAAGCUGUGAUCUUAAUGACCAAACUGACCAAGGGGAUCUGUGCUGACCCCAAGCAGAAGUGGGUCCAGGAUGCCAUUGCCAACCUGGACAAGGAAAUGCAGACACCAAAGACUUUGACCUCUUACUCCACAACCCAAGAACACACAGCUAAUUUAUCUUCCACCUGGAUACCCUCUACUACUACUUCAUUAUAAAUGCAAAGAGUCUGAACUUUAUUGAUAUAUGAAACACAAGGCCUUAAGUAAUGUUAAUCUUAUUUAAGUUAUUGAUGUUUUAAUUUUAUCUUCCAUGAAUACUAAUGUUUUUGUUAGAAUGGAAAUUUGGGCAUAUGUGCUUUUUCUCUGUGAACCUCAGUUCUAUACCUGGAAUAUUUUGAGGGUUCUUGCAAGGAUCAUGAGUGCAUGCAUAUUUUGUUUUAAACCCUAAGAUAUUGCUAAAAGUAUUAUUGUGGAAAUGAUUAUUAUAUAACUAUUGAACAAAAUAUAUAUUU